AUGGUAAUUUUAUUAUAUAAUCCCUUGAUUUUUGAUUUUGAUUAGAGAAUAUACCUAAAUUUAAAGCUGAAUAAACGUGUAUGUUUAUUUGGAAAUGAAUUCACAAAUAUAUUAGGAUAAUUUAUUAUUGAAAAAUAACAAAUUUAGAUAUAUGCGUAAAAGAUUAGGAGGAUUACAUGUUUGAUAGUCUAGAAGAGUAUAUUCAACUUGCUAAAAUAUCUUGACAAUAAGAACUAAUCUUUUAUGAAACAAAAUAAGAAGUUGUGGGUUAAUAGAGAGAUAUUGAUAAUUCUGAAUAAGAGACUAAUGUAAAUUUAGAUUAUUAUUAUUUGAUAGACUAUCUUGAUAAAAUUGAAUAAGUUUUUAAAUAUUGUGGAACAUUUAGAAAGUUAAAGAAAAAUUAUUAUCUUGAGUAUUGUUCGAAAUAGGAAAUAACAGAUUCUAAGGAAAUUCAUUUUCGCUUUUGGGUUAUCAAUUCAACAAGUGUAAAAUAUUAAGAAUUAAUUUACAGUAUAUUACUCUUUAAAAUUAUGAAUAGUUUAUAAUAGAACGGCAGAUUGUUAUAUUUAUUUGGAUAAGAAAUCGAAAGAACAGCAAUUUUAAAGAUUUCUUGAAAAAGUUCAAUUGCUAAAUAGAAACAAGAAUAAAAAGAUAUUUAAAACUGGACUCUAUCAAAGAAUUAGUGUAAUAAUAUACUAAAAUAAUAAUAGAUUCAGGAAAAUUUAUCAAAGAUUAAAGAGAAUGAAAUAAUAGCUCUAAGAAAUGUUAAAAGAAGUAUUGAAGAGAAUAAAACAAUGAUAUCUUUGAUUGAGUUUGUAUUAGCUAAGCAUUUAUGAAAAGGUGAG